AUUUGCCAAGCAGGAAGCAGGGGAAUAACCUUGGAAGAAGAAACGCGGUGGACUGUUGCUGUCUGGGACCAGAUCACAGCGUUUGUCAGACAGAUUAUAAUUAAGCAGUAGUGUUUGAACUCAUGAGUAAAGCUGCUUUCUUUUUUCUUCUUAUAGACAUUUUUUUUGCGCAUUUUGAAUUAGGACAGACCGGGUCAGGUGUGCAGCUGAGAAGCCAGUGUUUGGAGUUAAGUAUUCAUCGAUUAAUCUGAUUUAUUGUGUCAGAGCACAAAGCCUUGUCUGCUUCAUCUAGAGCGCCCGCCCAUUGGGCUUUCUGCGGAGCGAUAGUGGGAGAUUGAUUAUAGUCUCCGGGAUUUGCCGUGGAGAAAGCCUUGCCUGCUUGGACUGCGAUUUCUCCCAUCAGCGAAGAGAAAGAAAAUCAUAGCAAGGACUUAUUUCCAGGCUGACUCCACACCGGCAGCACUCCCAGAAUCCCCUCCGGACACAUUUAAACCUCUUGUCUGCAAUCAGGUUUUUUCCAAAUACGCGCAAGUCACGCCGGACUUUUUGUCUUUUACAGAGGAGGCUGCGAGUGGGAAUCGCCUCCGCAGUCUCGGAUGCGUAGUAAACGGGGAGUGGGUUGGGUCGCCUAGGCGCCUUGCAUACGCACACGUCGUCAGCGAUAAAAGCGAGAUAGGUGAGGGUGAAAGCGAGGGGAAGCGACACCCGAGGCUUUUUAAUCAGGAGGACACCGGAGAGGUGAGUCGGACACUGAUAAACCCGCCGGACUCACCGGGCUGUGGAUUUCACACUCAAGACAAGCUGCUGCUUUUGUCGCUCGGGAUUCGUAGAUCUUCUUUCUGAUUCAGGACCAGCGGUUAACCACAUUGUCAAACCCAAACCCAGACAUCCCCCCAACCUACCCUCCCUCCGCAUCUGAAGGGAAUAUUGCAAGUGGAUCUGCGGGGCAACACACAAUGGCAACCGGUGCGCUCCUUCUUGCCUGUGCGCUGCUUGCCGGUGUUGCCGUGGCUCAGAGAGUUGUAACGGUGCAAAGUGGACCGCUGGUACGGACUGAGGGCUCUCAUGUGACCAUCUUGUGCAACGUGACGGGCUACAAAGAGGGGGUGGAGCAGGACUUCGAGUGGUCCAUGUACCUGCCGUCGGCACCGGACAGGGAGAUCCGCAUCGUGAGCACGGCUCAGCCGAACUAUGCCUACGCUGUUUAUUCCCAAAGGGUCAAUAAUAAAGAGAUCUAUGUGGAGAGGCUGAGUGGCGACUCGGCUGUGCUCCACAUCACCAAAGUGCAGGCCAAGGACCAGGGCCUGUUUGAGUGCUACACACCCAACACAGACGGGCGGUACCUGGGAUCCUACAGCGCACGCACAAACCUCACCGUCAUCGCUGACUCGUUGACGGUAACAGCUCCAGCCCAGACUCUAUCCAAGGUGGAAGGUGACACACUACAGCUGACCUGCGAGGUGUCCCGGACCACACUGCAGCACACUCACUUAUCGGUGGGUUGGUACCUGCGUUCCCCAGAGGAUGCAACCGCUGCCCCCCAGGAGCUGGUCACCCUGUCAAGGGACUUUGUUCUGCGCUCCGGGGGACCGUACCGGCAGAGGAUGGCCGCAGGGGACCUCAGGCUGGAUAAAACCAGCGCUACGGCCUACAGGCUGACCAUUCACAAGCUGCAGCCCGUGGACCAGGGCCUGCUCUACUGCCAGGCUGCUGAGUGGAUUCAGGACACAGACGGCAGCUGGUUCGCCAUGACCCGCAAACAGAGCGACAAGACUCAGCUGCGCAUUCAGCCCACUGAUCGGGACUUCAGCAUCCAGGUGAGCACGGAGCGACGGUCCUUCACGGCCGGUGAGCCGCUGGAGCUUCGCUGCACCAUUGACGCCCAGAAUGUCCCAGAGCGCUUCUUCUCGGUGUCGUGGGUCUUCAGCAGCUCACCGGUGGCCGUGGUGGGCCCCAGUGCUGUGCCUGUCCUGGGCCCCGAUUACAUUGCACGGGAGGCGGCUGGCCACAUGACGGUGCGUAAAGAGAGCCCCAAUGUGCACUUGCUCAAGCUGCAGCACCUACGCCCCGACGAUGCUGGGAAAUACAUCUGCCGCGUGACGGAGCGAGAGAAGACGCCCACGGGAGACUUCAUCGACCGCAGCAAGAGGUCCCGCAAUGUCCAGAUCACAGUCCAGCCGCUCAAGAGCAACAUCACAGUGUCAUUGUCCAGCAACUCUUCAGAGGUCCUAGAGGGUGAUGUGAUCCAGUUAUCCUGCUCAGUCCAGACCACUACAGGCCCCCUGUCUGUUGUAUGGCAGUGGAUAGACAAAGAGGCGACUGGGCCACCCGUGGAGGUGGCCAAGGUCGAUCGGGAUGGCACUGUAUGGCACAGUCCCUCCUACAGGGAGCGCUCCAGCUAUGGGGAGAUCCGGGUGGAGAAGGUGCAGGCCGACACGUUUUCUCUCUCCCUGUAUAAUGCUUUACCUGGGGAUGAGGGCGAGUACCGCUGCGCAGCCACUGAGUGGCUUCAGUCCGGCACUGAACCAGAACUCAACUGGGAGGUGAUUGGAGAGAAGUCAGCCACCAAGACAGUCAGUGUCAAGACCGUUGAGUCCUCCUUCAUGGUGUCGGCCUCAUCACGGACGCCAUCAGUUACCUUUGGAGACUCCUUUGACCUCCUGUGCCUGGUGAAGCCUCGUCACAACCCUCGUGUCCCCACCUCUGUCACUUGGCGCUUCAUGCCGGCUGGCGCAGAGGCCGGAGACGAGGAUCAGGGAGAGUUCAAAGACCUGGUGACCUUCACCCGCGAGGGCACGCUGCAGUGGGGGGAGCAGCUGCUGGGGCUGGGUACCCGCACCACGGUGGACCGAUCCCACUCCAACACCAACUUCCGGUUGUCGGUGACCCGGGCAGGGCGCCGCGAGGCGGGCAAGUACCAGUGCACCGCCGUCCUGUGGAGGAAGAACUACAACAACAGCUGGAGCAGAGUAGCCAACCGCACCUCCAACCUGCUGGGCAUCAGUGUCCUACAGCCAGAGAGCAAGCUGCGAGUGCAAAAGACGAACCAGUCUCUGGCAUACCUGGAGGACAGUCGCGUCAGAAUCAAUUGCUCCAUCAGCUCCCAGACCAGCCAGGACUCCCAGCAUGCUGUGCUGUGGUACGUGAGGCGUGCGACCGGGUCAGAAGCCGACGAGCUCCUGCUGAGGAUUGAACGCACGGGGGCCUUCGAGUACGGCGCCUACGCGGACGAGGAGAGGCUGCGGCGCAGAGUGCAGGCCGAGAGGCUGUCGCCCCGUCUCUAUGUGCUGACCCUGAACAGAGCGGAGAACAGCGAUUCUGGGACAUACUACUGCCUGGUGGAAGAGUGGCUGAGUGACCCAGAUGGAGCCUGGUAUCGACUUUCCCGGGAGUCCUCGGGGUUCACGCAGGUUCUGGUCAGACAGCCAGAGAUUCGAUUGCAGGUAGAGGAAUUAGAGUCGAACGUGACGGUGGAAGAAUCUGCCUCUAUCCGGCUGGGCUGUAGCAUUCCCUCCCAGUCCUCCCGAGACUCCCGCUUCUCUGUGUCCUGGUAUGUGGAGCGUUCCGAAGAGGAUGAGGACAGCGACGAUGAGGAGCAGACAGGCGAGGGAGAGAGGGAGUGCGUGUUCUCCAUCGGCCAUGAUGCUGUUUUUGGAAACGGAAACUGCAUCCCUAAAGAGGAUCCGGGGCCAAAUUCCCGCCUGCAGUUUGAGAGGAUGACCUCUGACCAGUACAGCCUCACCAUUCAAGGAGCACGGCCGACAGACGCAGGCCGGUACUACUGCCACGUAGAGGAGUGGCUACUCAACCCUCGCAAUGCCUGGUACCGCCUGGCUACAAACAACUCCGGGUUCACUAUUGUCAAUGUAAUGCAACAAGAGUCCACCCUCCAGUCAGUGGUUUGCUCCAACGACUCCCUCUUCUACUUCGUCUUCUUCUACCCCUUCCCCAUCUUCGGCAUCCUCCUCAUCGCUCUGCUGCUGGUUCGCUACAAGAGCCGCAACAACAGCAAGAGCCAAGAAGGCAAGAACGGCGCCCCCCUGCUGUGGAUUAAAGAGCCUCACCUCAGUUACUCUCCCACCUGUCUGGACCCGCCCGCGCUCAGCCUGCACCCCGGCUCCGUCGACUAAGCGAGGGUUCUUCCCCCUCUGCGUCACGCACAUCGUGGAUCCAGCCAACACAAUGCCAGGGAGCAGAUCUGGACUCCACUUUCAGACUUACUGUCGUUCACUGCUGUGUUGAAUUAGUCCAUCAGUUGAUCAGUUUAAAAAUCCCUACCCUGGUGGCUGCCUGUUUUACGUUAACAACUGUGUGUGUUUGUGUGUGUUUGUGUGUGUGUGUGUGUGUGUGUGUGUGAAUGUGUGUGUGUGGACUAGAAUGGGUGUGCCAUGUUAGCACGAUUAAUUGUGUGAGUGGGAAUUGAAGGACAAGAGAGUAUCAUGAGCCUCUCUCAUUUUUGUUUUCUGUGAAAUUCAUAGCUGCAUUUUUUUUUGUUUUUUAAUACUCUGAAUAUUUGUCUAUUUUUCAAAAGAGAAGAAAAAUAAAAAAAACACCGCACACACGAGAGAUCCAAUCCGGGAAGAACAUUUAAGAGAAGAAACUCUAUAAUCGACUCCGGCACUGGAUGUCAGUGGAUGCCAAAAAAGUCUCUAUACUGAUCCAAGAGCAGCCACAGCCUGGCCCACUAUGUUGGUUGCCAUAGUGAUUCUCUGCGCCCACUGACUCCGUAGCUGAUGACUUGGUUGCCAGCCUGCAAAGAGACAAAGGCAAGGACACACAAGUCUGUGUCCUAAGUGAGGAUGUGUGUUUGUGUGUUGGCCCACCUGCCUCCACAAUGAAUUUGCCUUGGCAGACAGAAACAGGUCCUCGUGCGCCACUUAAACACUGCCAGACACUCUGGCCUUAGUGAGAGACUGCUCCGCUCUUCUCUUCUAUCCUCCUCCUCCUCUCCGACAAGAGACAACAAGAGAAAGAGAGGGAGGAACGUCUCCCAUGACGGAGAGUAAAUGAACAGCGCUCUCCCGCUGAGGAUAUACGUACUUCAGCAUAAAGGAUUUUGUUUUUUUUCAGUGCCAAGUCCUCCUUAUUUCAACGCUGUUCUCUUCAGCUAAUGUUUGAAGUUUUAACGAGAGUCGGAAAGCUGAUUGGUUUCUGAAGCAGAUUGUAAAAUAUGUCUGCUUACCUCCUGCUGUGGGUUUAUGGGUCUUGAGGGGCAAAAGGGCAAUUUUUACACUCAUGUUGAAUCAGUUAAUGCUUCCCUCUUAAAUUACACAGUGGGGGUUAUUUACUGAAAUUAAAUUCUUGCACAUUUCUUUAAGUUGCCCAGUAUGACCACUCCGUCCAAAUAUCAAAAGAUGCAUAUAAGUUUUUUUUUUUUUUUAAAGAUGUUUGUUAGAGCCACACUGAAAAUUACUAAUGUGUAGAUGUGUAGUAAAACACUCUGUUAUCUGCACAUUAUAAGAAAACAAAUUGACAGGCGGGGGAGGCAAAAUGUUUGACUUUUGUGUUUAUUUUAAAGAAUUUUCUAUUUAUUGUUUUUUACUACUUUGCAUAGCUUUGUAAGAUUUUCUUUUUGCUUUGAAAUUCUCUAAGAACUGUGCUGCUUGUGUUGCCAGGCAACUGCACCAAGCAGAUAAUGUCAAUAGCCUGUGUGUUGGCAAUGUGGUAGAUGUAGAAAUGCUAGAUUUGUCCUGCGCAUUGCAGUCUGUAGCAUUUCAUACCAGAUUGUCAAGUUUGGUCAGUGUCAAAACACUGUAUAUCUAUACCUAUAAUGAACAUGACUGUGGCUUUACAUGUACAAUAGUUGAACAGACAAGUCACACAAAUGAAUUCACUUAAUGCUUUUUGCUUGAGUCGCGUUUAUUUAGUGAAAUGUGAUGUAUCACCUAGGUAGGAUGUUUAAUCAAAGACGGCUGAAACCGAACUGUCAAAACGUCUUCUAAUCAUGGAUUCUAGCUGACGGCGUCCUCCUCGGCUCCCCUGAUGCAAGGCAGAAGGGUUGAAAAUUUGUGUCACCUUCCCUGGAAUGCAACAGCCAGGAGAGGUGUGAAAUCCUCUACCCAACCUGGGCCUAACCCUUUCACUGCCAGACUGGACAUGAAAACUCUUGGAAAAACUUGUUGUCUCGACCGUGUAUAUUGCAUGACAAUACUGCAGGAGGAAUUUUGAUGUUUUGUAAACUUUGAACUCUUUGAGCAUUGUGUUUGUGUGACAGAGCAGUGCCCAACCCCCCCUCCCCUCCCCUCCCUCCCCCUGACCGACUUCCUGAGCCAAGAGUCAACACAAAGCCCAGUCCCUCGUCAUCUACAAUAUUUGACUGCCGAUUCCAGAUGCCCUUUGAAACCUGUGAAGUAAUCUAUUUCAAGAAUGGGUGUUGUGGAGAUUGUGUUUGAUAUUACUGCUCAUAAUUGUCUUUUUAAUGCUUUGCUUUAUGCAGCACUUCAUUAAACAGAUUUAUGUCAAAAAAAAGUACGUACAAUGAUACUGACACAAGCCACCAAGUUUUGAGAUUUCAACUUCCUCUACUUUUUCAAGGGUCCCGGUCCAUUUUAAGCAGACCACAUUAUUUCACUUGGAGUGAGUUUGGUGCUUUUUAGUCAGGGGAAUUGGAAAUGAAAUGCAAGUGCAGCGAAUUCAGCUACAACAAGGUUGAUCAGUGUCUUCAAAAGGAAAGGCCCAUCGAUUAGCUGCCAGUCUAUUCAUUACUACCCAUGUGUUUACAAGUGUUUUAAAGCGGAACAAGGCCCCAGACUAAAGCAGCAGGCAAUGGGAAAAGACAAGUAUUACACACACUGAAUAGUGCAUGCUCUCAAGUAGUUAAGUGGGCUACAUUUCGACCAUCAAAGUCUUUGUCAGGCAAACAUCCAGAGGAAAACAGAAACCGGAACUCCUACUAUAAUUACAAGAACACACAUAUAUUUAGAUAACAAAAAGCAUAUCCAAUAUCUAAGCUGCAUAAAUACACAGAGAGACAAAGAGCCCGACCGAUAUGGGAUUUUUGCAACCAAUACCGAUUGUAGAGGGGGAAAACUACUGAUAUGGUGGUGAAUAUCAUGAUUUUUUGGGAUUUUUUUAAUGUUUAGCUGGAGUGAAGAGCUAUUUUCUAUGUCAAUUGUGCACCAAUUUUACACUAAUAUAACUAUGCAAAGGUAAACAGAAGGCUGUUUUCCUAAGCAAAAACCUUUAUGGAAUAUUUAACAUUAUUAUACUUUUUUAUACAAUAUACAUACAGUGUAUUACGUAGUCAACUAAUUUUAAAAAUAAACACAAAGAAAUAAGGAUAAAUAGCUAAAUAAACACCAGUACUGAAUGUUCAGUAUAAGUCAAUAGCUGACCAUGUAAAUGUAAUAAAAAAUACAAAUAAGAUAUAUAACUUAUUAGUACUGUAUGUUCAGUAUCGGUGCUAUAAGUGCUGACCAUUUAAAUAAAUAAUAAAUACAAAUUAAAUAGGUAAAUAGUACUGUAUGUUAAGUGUCAGCCAAUUUCUUACCAUUUAAAUAAAAAUAUAUAUAAAAUAAAAUAAUUAUAUGAAACAAUAUGUCUAACUUUUUCUGGAUUAUAUGUUCUGUAAAAAGGUUUUUAUAUUGGUGCUUAUCUGAAAACACAGAUACCAGUAGAUACUGAUGUGUCUGUGAUAAUCGGUCGGGCUCUACCCAGAUGGCAUCUGUGCUAAAGCUGGCUCAGAGCCUAUGCAAGGUAUAGAUAGACUGUAUAUUUCUGUAUAAUACACAUUUGUACAGUGACGGAAAGAUGUACAAUAUCGUGAUUGUGCAUGAAAACAGAGUUUGAGUAUAGUCUUUGGUGAUUUCCUCUUUGGAGGUAGAGUUGACUUUUUUUCUGUAUAUAUCACCUAUUUUUUCUCACACACGGGUGUUUGCUUAUCAAAGACCUUGGUGGUCAUGAUAUUGCCUUAUUAAAUUGCAAGAUUAAGUGUGUGGACUACCUCUCUUUUUCCAUUAUAAACAGUCUUUAGCCCCCUGUGAUGCUCGUGCUAGUUCAGUGCAUAUACAUCAAAACUGCAGUAAAGCCUCUCUGUGCAUUUUCUGGCCCCAGUAUCACCAGGAGUAAUUUAUGAAGCUGUUGGAAAGCUCUUGUGUGAUUUGACAGUAAUGGUUGAAUAUGUUAUUGACUUGCAUUUGCAUUGGCAGUAAAUGCUAAUAGAAGGCUGAUUUCAGUUUUUCAUGAGCAAAAGAAAAAAACUAGAGGAGCGUGUUUGUUGGCUGAAUGAUUGCCUUUUAUAAAUCUUGAACAUUCCUAGAGAUGCAGGUUGUGAAAAUGGUGCCACCGAACAGCUGCUUCAGCCUCAGUGUCUAAAUCACAUAAUCCUACACUUAAUUCAUGCAAAAUUCAUUUCAUCUUUCUAGACUUGCAUCAGGAAGUGCAGGGCGUUGGUGUGUGAUGUCACAGCGCUGUCGCCAUCAUGGGGCUGUUCGCUCAAACUUUUUUUUUGUAGUGAUAAUAUUUAAAACAUCCAUAGCUGCCUCCUGAGAUUCCUCCCAACGGUUUGACAGUGUUGUAGCUUCGUUUUGAGGGCUGCAUGUAUUGGCUGUGUGCUGGCUCCAAAUUUAGCUGUAAGAUAGUUUGUGGUGAUGUUUUCAGUUCAGCCAGUGAUGCUUUAUUUUCAGUGAUGUAUUUUUAUAUGACCAUGGUUUGUUUAUUUCUUCAUUUGUUAUUCAAAUAGUUGCCAUCGUGACCAUUAAAAAGGCACUUUGCUAUUGUCA